AGAACUUCCCAGAAAUCUAGCAGGAGGAAAAAAAAAAAAGUCAGAUUAAACGAAUUUUACUAAAGAUGAUUUCCAGUUGACAACAGUAGACAUGAUGACUUGUUAUAACAGAUGCAUUUAAUCUUGUUACCUCUGCCAAGGUGAAGGUCAUGUUUUUCUGAAAUGUGUUGGUUGGUUUGUUCAUAGCAUAACUCAACUACCCCUUUGCAGCCGUAUGCCUCCGCCAACCAGUCAAAUUCAUGGGUAUAGACAAGAAGUAAGGUAAAUGACCUUGACCUUUGACCACUAAAAUCUAAUGGGUUUAUCCUUGAGUGCAAAUGGACACUCGUGGUAAAUUUGAAGAAAUUCCCUCAAGGUGUUCCUGACAUUGCUUUCACAAUAAUCCAGUGGAUGGACAGAAGGACAGACUUCUUAAAAUUUUAGUUUUCAGUAUCUGGGUUCUUUGCCUUGUCAGUGUUUCCUACCACACAGCUGCUUCUAGGCUUUUAGUUUGUUUAUUUAACACAGAGACGCCUUCACCCAAUACAAACUCAAUGGAGAGCGAGGAAUUAUAUCCUCCCGCGAUGAACGUGGCUUUCAGAGCCUAAGGCGUUGCUGUCUGUGUCUUUAACGAAAAGCCCGCCCACUCCCCUUGUGACGCAACAAGGAUGAUAUAACAAAACAUCGGCGAGCAGGAAAUAGCCUCCUAUGAAAUAUUAUUAGAUGUAAUAACCUCACCUGUUUGGCAAUUUGUGGGGAUUUGAUUUGUUGAUGCCGUAAGAAUAGCAGUGAAUAAGAAAUAGCUCUCAGUGUUGUAAUGAGCAUGGAAGGUUGUCAGGGCAAAAUGUUUAUAUCGCUCCAGAUUUACGCUUCAAUUUGGCUUCUUCCACUUGGACGUGCAUCAUUACCUCUCGUUAUCAAUACGUGGCCAUUCAGUGACCCAACCGCUGAAGCAUGGCGUACCCUGCAGUCCUGUGGCUCAGCGUUAGAUGCUGUGGAAAAGGGCCUUACCAGCUGUGAAAUGCAACCAUGUGCUCCCACUGUCGGCUUUGGUGGAAGCCCAGAUGAGUCUGGAGAGACCACACUGGAUGCCAUGAUUAUGAACGGGGACACGAUGGAGGUGGGUGCAGUUGCAAACCUGAGAAGAAUUAAGAAUGCCAUUGGAGUUGCAAAAGCUGUAAUGACGUACACUGACCACACACUGCUAGUGGGAGAGUCAGCUUCUGUGUUUGCUGAAAACAUGGGCUUCACUGCAGAAGACCUGACUACCAACAUAUCUAUGAAUAUUUUCUUACAGUGGCUGAAGGGCAGCUGCCAACCUAAUUUUCGAAAGGUGCGUCUAUUAAGAGCGUGUGUUUUUCUGACUUGUGUUGGCUACAGGCGUGCUGCUUCUAAAAGACUGAUAUUAAGUAGGGAAAUUGACAGGCAUAUUAAAUUAGUUCAUAAGAAGCCAGCUUUCCUGUUUGAGGUGAUGCCCUACAGCGCUGAGAUGUUGCUAUUCUUUAAAACUCUCCUGUUCACUUCCCCAACAGCAUCCCCAAAUCUCCAGACUAAGAUUUCUUUGUUCCUUUGAAGGCAGCCAUUAUCGUUCCAGCGAGCAUAUGCAGUGUCCUAUUGAUCCAGUUUACACCAUUUAGAGACAUUUGUAAGCACUGAUAAAUGAUAACAAAAGUCAGAGGAAAGAAAACAGUACUGGUGCAGUAUAGGUCUCCAUGUAUCUACUGUAUGGCUCUAGAAUGACUGGCU